UGGUGUUGGUGUUGGUGGUGUAUAUGUGGGAGCAGGAGGAGAGACUCUGCAGUGUCUUGGCAGCUGCAUUAGUGCAUCUCCCACCGUCCGCGAUGCCUCCGCGGCCAAUGCCUGCCUCCUCCUCCGCGUCCACUUGAUAACAGAAACCGAGAACAUGAACUCGUCGGGAAACUAAACCUCGGACGUCCACACCAGCUAGCUGUAUCCCCCCCGGAGACGAUCCGGAGCGCUUCAUUCACGCACAGAAACCCCGUGACGAGAAUUGUUAAUGGAAAAUGGCGAUAGGCAAAAGGUCUUGCAGCAUCGUCUGCUUGGUAUCUAUCCAGAUUAUCUUGAUUUUCAGCGCAUCGUGGCCUGGAGCGGCGGCUCUCACGUUCCCGCAGCAGUACACGAUAAUGCACUGGGCCAGGCGCAUCGAGCAGGAGAUUGACAGAGUCUUUCAGCACAUCACUGGAGCUCAGCAGUUGAAAGGGAUUUACAACGAGGAGAGACGGCGGUUCAGUCUGGUGAAGAAUCAGCCGCGGAAGAUUGUAGAAAGGGUGGCCUCAGAUAUAGAGAAGCUCCUGGCUAAGAAGCGCAAAGCACUCGAUAGGUUAGCCAGUGAAGCUGAGCGGCUCCAGCGAGAGCAUCUAUGGCAGGAUGGAAUCAAGGAGCUGGACAUGGCUUAUUAUGACUCCAAGGCAGAGCUGGAUUAUUACUCCAUGGAUGGAGAAGGAGAGGUGGAAAAUCCUUCGCACAUCAAACUGGAGUUUGUUUAUGAUCCAAACUUCAAAAAUAAUGUCAACUAUUCCUACACAGCGGUUCAGAUUCCCACAGAUAUUUAUAAAGGAGCUCCAGUGAUUCUGAAUGAGCUGAACUGGACGCAGGCGCUGGAGAAAGUUUUCAUGGAAAACAGUCAGGAGGAUCCCUCACUGCUAUGGCAGGCAUUCGGGAGUGCGACGGGUGUCACUCGCUACUACCCAGCUACACCUUGGAAAGCCCCUGAUAAAAUUGACUUGUAUGACGUCAGGAGGAGACCCUGGUACAUCCAGGGAGCCUCAUCGCCCAAAGAUAUGGUCAUUCUUGUUGAUGUGAGCGGCAGUGUCAGCGGGCUCACUCUGAAACUCAUCAAAGCGUCAGUAAUGGAAAUGCUGGACACUUUGUCUGAUGAUGACUAUGUUAACGUGGCCAGGUUUAACGAGAAGGCCGAGGCUGUUGUUCCCUGCUUCAAACAUCUCGUCCAGGCUAACGUGCGCAACAAAAAGAUCUUCAAGGAUGCAGUGCAGCAGAUGCAGGCCAAAGGCACCACCGACUACAAGUCUGGAUUUCAUUUUGCCUUCAACCAGCUGUUAAAUAAGACAAAUGUUCCCCGGGCCAACUGCAAUAAAAUAAUCAUGCUGUUUACGGACGGAGGAGAGGACAGAGCUCAAGAUGUCUUCAUGCAAUACAACUGGCCCAACAAAACAGUUCGAGUUUUCACCUUUUCUGUGGGUCAACACAACUAUGAUGUCACACCUUUACAGUGGAUCGCAUGCACCAAUAAAGGUUACUAUUUUGAGAUCCGUUCCAUCUGUGCUAUAAGGAUUAACACCCAGGAGUACCUCGACGUGCUGGGGCGCCCCAUGGUGCUCGCAGGCAGUGAUGCCAAGCAGGUUCAGUGGACCAAUGUGUAUCAGGAUGCUUUGGGUCUUGGUAUGGUCGUAACUGGGACUUUGCCCGUAUUUAAUCUCACCAUGGAUGGAAACUCACAGAAUCAGCUGAUAUUAGGUGUGAUGGGAGUUGACGUGCAUCUUGAUGAGAUAAAGCGACUAACACCACGGUACAAUCUUGGAGCCAAUGGAUACAUAUUUGCCAUCGAUCCAAAUGGAUAUCUUCUCCUUCACCCCAAUCUUCAGCCAAAGCUGGUGAACCUCCCUGAGCCAGUGACGCUGGACUUCCUGGAUGCGGAGGUGGAGGACAGCAAUAAAGAGGAGAUCCGGCGACAAAUGAUUGACGGUAGACCAGGAGAAAUGCAGGUCAAAACUCUCAUCAAGUCGAUUGACGAGCAAUACAUCGAUGAGGUGUACAGAAGUUACACCUGGACGCCCAUCAACGGCACAGAUUACAGUCUCGGUCUUGUAUUACCUCCUUACAAUGAGUACUUCAUCCAGGCAGACCUAAGCGACGUGAUGCUGCAGCUCCAGUAUAUGCAGUCGCUGCUGCCCAGCUCCUUUGAAUCCUCAGGACAUGUGUUUCUGGCUCCAAGGGAAUACUGCAAACGUCUGCAUCUUUCUGACAACAACACCCAGUUUUUGCAGAACUUCCUCUCACUCAUGCUGGAGAUUUCCCCAGAAUCUGAUGAAUGUGACCAAGGCCUCAUCCACAACCUGAUCUUGGAUUCCAGGAUUAUCGGGCAGCUGGCCUCUCGUGUUUGGAAGAACAAGGACUUGAAUGCGUACGGUUUCCUGGCUGUAUUUGCGUCCACUGAUGGAGGAAUAACACGAGUCUUUCCCAACAUAGCUGCGGAGCUUUGGGAUGAGGAUCCUGAACCUUUCAAUUCGAAUUACUACAGACGGAGUCUCGACAACAAAGGCUACAUGUUCAGAGCUCCAUCAAGAUCCUCGUUGGAUGACCCAGUGGGUGCAGAAAACGGCACCAUUGGAAUCCUGGUUAGUUCGGCUAUAGAGGUCAAUUUGGGAGGCAAACUGCUCAAACCUUCAGUGGUCGGGGUGAAGCUGGACUUGGAGGCGUGGGUGGACAAGUUUAAAAUCCUGGCCAGCAAUGUGUCAGACAGUCGACAGGGCUCACACAAGUGUGGACCAUCCAGAAGCUGUGAGAUGGACUGUGAAGUGAACACUGAUGACCUCCUCUGCUAUCUCAUUGAUGAUGGUGGGUUCCUGGUUAUGUCCAAUCAGAGAGAUCACUGGAAGAAGAUCGGUCUUUUCUUUGGUGAUGUGGACCCUUACCUGAUGCACGCCCUCUACAACAACUCAAUCUUCACCCGCCGUCAGUCUUUCCACUACCAGUCUGCAUGUGAACCAGUCAGCAGCAGCCAUACUGGUGCAGCACCUAGGGGUAUCUUUGUGCCGUCCAUUGCUGACAUCCUCAGCUUGGCCUGGUGGACGUCCACUGUGGCCUGGUCUGUGACCCAGCAGCUACUGUAUGGACUGGUUUACAACAGCUGGCUCUACCAAGAUGAUGUCCUGGUUGAAGGUUUUGAGACGAGGGAAAGCAGCUGUGUGACCAUCCAAAGUCAGUUCUACUUUACAAACACCACCAACUCCUACAAUGUGCUGCAGGACUGUGGAAACUGCUCACGGCUGUUCCACGCCAAGCGGAUAGAAAACACCAACCUCCUGUUUGUGGUCGCUGAGACGCUCCCCUGCAGCUCGUGUGAGAUAGAGAGGUUAACGCAGAUCAGGACUGAGUUUCAAGAGGAGAAUCCAUGCGAAGUACUGAGUAACGCGCGUUAUCGAAAAGGCCCGACAUCCUGCUUUGACUACAGUGCCUUAGAAAACACGUCAGAGUGUGGACGGGGUCAUGCACUGCAGUCUUCCAUAGGAGCCCUUCUCUUUAUUCAGCUCAUUCUGCCUCUUUUUCAUCUCUGACACGUACAAACACUCUAACUGGCAUCUUUCAUCUCUUUGGGUUUAGGCUCGGAUCUACUGCAGGUCAGAUCAAACAGCAACUGCAAAAUUCUUCUUUUUUGAUCUACAAACGGCACUCUGUGCAUUUGUGCUUGAAAAAGAAAUACGUGGAUCAGCUCUUAGUGUUUUUUGCCUUAUCGCUUAUGCAUUUGUUGGUGUUUCAGGGCUUGAGUGCAAAAUGUAGGAAGAGAAUGUGUUGAGUGUGCAUGCUGCUUAAACUAGGACAAGCAUGUUUAACAUAUUUGCACACUGGCUGAGCCAUGUAAGUGACCACUUAAAAGUCAGGGAGGCAGCUGAAAUGUACUUUUAACGGGCCAGUAAAUGAUCACCUAACAGGGGCAAACGUCAAUCCCAAUUUUAAGUUGGACUGUGGCCGUUGAAUUAUAAAAGAUCUAAAAACUCAUUUUAAUUCAUUUGCUUUGUGGUAAAUACACAGUGCUGGAUCAGAUGUUUAACUUUGGUAAAGAUGCUCUAGAAAUACAAAUAAAAGUCAUGUAUUUGAGAUUUUACUUAGAGCGGAAGUAUUAACAACAAAAUUAACUUCAAGUAUGAAGUAAAAAUGCUCCAGCGUUAUCUCACUAUAUCAUGCAUUACAGUUUUAAAUAAAUAUUACUAAUCUAAUCAAGAUGAAGCUGAUUUUAAUAGUUUUAUCUAUAAAAAUCAUUAACAUAUCAACAUCACAAUAUUUUCCUUUGCGAUACAAUGGGGCCAAAGUAUUAAAGGUAGUCUGUAAAGUUUUCUUGCAAAAAGUUGUUGUUUACCAAUGUAUUGAAUGCCCUUUCUGCCUCAUUGGGAAAAAAAGGGAAAUAAAAGCAAAGUAAUUUAUUCACAAAUGUGUUUACUUGCCUGCAGUUUUCUCCUUCCCUGCAUUUUCUGGUAUAUUGAAGCUUUCUGGGGGGAAACGUUAAUGACAGGCCUGUUGUGGGGAUGUUACUUAUGACUAAUUUCCAUGACAUUUUAAGGAAAGUUUUAGUGAAAAGAGUAGUUGACCAGUCUAAGAGUUGAAUUUUUUUUAUCAAUUUAAUCCUUAAGGUUAAAUUUUUUUCAAAAAUAAAUUGCAGAUAUUAAAGGAGAGAGAAGAACAUACGUGAAGUUUCUGCAUAUGAGUGCGAUGCAACGUGAUUUCAUAAUCGGUUAUAAUCAGGUUUUUAAAAUUCCUGUAGUCUGAGCUCAGCUUUAAUGUUUUGCUCAGUAGGACUACUGGUGGUCAAAAACUCCACAGGCUACCUUUUAAUAGCUUGAAUGCAAUUAUUCAUGUAAAGUAUGAGCGACCUCAACACUGUACUUUUAUUUACAUUUUUUUUUAUUUGCACAAUAAAACCACAAAAAGACAGUUUAAACAGUUUAAAACUGAUUAUGCAAGUGAAAUUAAAACUCCAUAAAGGCUGAUAAAGAUGUCUCACCUUAAUAAACAAUUCAGAUAGCAAUGAAGACAAGACACAACUAAAAUUAAAAAAAGCAAAUGAUAAUAAUAAUAAACGCUUGUUUUCUAGAAUAAACAUCAGAAAAAAAUGGAUGAUAAUGGAAAGUUUUAUACAAGACAAUUGAACACAAGAAUAAGGAAGAAAAGCUGACAUAAAGAGACAUGUCCCUAUUUAAAAUUAAAAAUUGCCUUGUCUUCCACCAAAAACAAGUGCAACAUUUAUCCUUAAAUUUGAAAAAAGAAAUUAAGGAUAAAUUUUGAAUGUAAACAUAUUAAGAAUUGUUUUCAGUUGCUCUUAAAUAUUGACAGAGAUGGAGAAAUAGAAGUAAAGCACCUGGUUUAGUCUUAGUUUUAUCAGCAAUUGGCUGAACACAGCUGUCAACAUAACUUUAUGGAGGGAGUAUUCUUAGUUUUUAGAUCUUUUAUUGUCACUGUCCGACACCUUGUUGAACAGCUCUGAAUAUAUUUAUUUGGCAUUUUUUUGGCAGUUGGUUUAACAGCACAUGUGUGUUUGGGAUGACUCAUGAGACGAGGCCCACAUCAGUCGUUAACUGUUUAUACGGAUUUACAGAUUCCAUACAACAGCUGGGUAAAGCUAUCCAAGGCAUUCACAUACCUGACCGUUUUAAAGCUAACUGCUGCAGCAUGAAAAUGUAAAUAAAUAGAAUCUGCUGAGCUCAGAUGCUGCUGCUUCUGGCAAAUUCUGCUUUUGUGGGCUUUGUGAAAUUCAAAAUGAAUUAUCUGCGCCACUUUUCAUUUGCAUGUCUGCUCCCAGCAAUCGUCUUUGCAUUUGAAGGAGCUCCCUGCACCUGCAGCAGGUUUUACAUGACAGUAGAUUCGGACCUUAACCUCACAUUCACUUCAGUGUCUUUCAAUCCACCUCUGACCUUUGCCAAGACAGUUUCAGUGCUAUAAAUUGCAUCUUACAUGACCCAGAAUGAUGUCCCUCAGCUGUCUCAUGUACGCCCUGUCUCUUAAAUCUAAGCAGAAGUAAUCCCUUCCCCUAAAAAUAUUCUCUCAGAGCACUUUGACAAAAGAGACCACAGAUGAGAAAAGACUUAGAUCUCCAGCAAGAUUUUGUGACUUUUCAUAACACAUAUCAGAGAUGAGACAGAGUCGUUUCAUUAAUACAAGGAUUGUUUAAGUCAGGGUUUGUUUUGCUGAAAUGCUUCCACAGAUCAUGUUAACUAAGCUAGUGUGAUCAUGAAGUGCUUCCAGUCGAUAAGAAUUGUUAAAAUGGACAGAAAACAGACCAAAAUUAUCAAAAGUUACCCUUGAUUUUGUUACAAAGAUGUGGUAGUUCAUCCUUGCAACGGCUGCAUGAUUUAGUGCAAUAACGCUGUGAUUAUCUGUACUUUAGCGGUAAUUAUUAUGACCAUUACUUUAUCGUCAAAUUUUAGACUUGAAGUCAUUUACAGUGUUAUCUCUGUAGUCUAAGAGCACAGAAAAUGCUCAGACGUCAGUGUGUGGCCAACAUGUUUUUAAAAAUCUGUAUUUUAAUCAAAGGGAAGCUCUCUGUCCCUUGUUUUUGUAUCUUGUAUUUGUCAAACCUGAAUUUAUGCACUUAUGUAUGCUUCUGUAUGGGGAAUGUAGCUUCUGAACAGCUUUCAGUGUUAUCAAUAUGUUAUCAGUAUGUGAUGCUCCUUGACCCUCUGUUGAGAAUCCCCUGAUGUCUUGUUGAAAGUGAUGAUUCACUGUGGCAAAAUAUUUUAUCAUGCAUACCUCAACGGGGCAGUGAGAUCGGAUUUUGUGCUAAAUUAUAAGGCUGUAAGAUUUGGUCAUUUAGUCACAAAGAAAUGUUAGCCUAGUACUGUGUGUGUGUGUGUGAUCACAACUACUGGAGUUAUGAGUAUUGCUCUAAAAAAUGUUUUCCAGUUAUUUUAAUUUAUGUCAGGAUUAAAACUAUUUUUUCAGGUUUUUGUAAAAAACAAAACAGAAGUACACACAACAUAAAUUUGAGCUGCAAAUAAUGAUUAUUGUCAUUAUUUGAUAUUGUGCCCAUUAUUUUCUAAAAUUAUCAACAAUGAGUUGUUUUGUCAUAUUGCAUUUAAAAUAAUACAUUAAUAGAAAGCUUUUUUUUUAAAAAAACAUCAAAUGUUCACCCUGCAGAGGAUAGAACAAGCAAAUGUUUGGUAUUGCAAUUCAUUUUUUCUUAACCGACAAAUAAGCCAAUUAGUUGAUUAUUUGGACUGCAACAUACAUGCACGGGAUAAUGCACAGUGAGCAGGUCAUUAUGAUGAUUCUGGGAUGAUUGAAGACCCCUUCGAUUCACAUCUGGGCUUCUAUAAAACCCUGUUUUCAUUUUACAAUAAUGACCCAUUUGCUGUAAACUUUCUGCUUAUUACACAGCUACUUAUGAAAGAAAUCAUUAAUGUCACACAAAAUAUUGAUUUAAUAUUUUGUUACUUAAGCUAAGUGUCUAUUAUCAGAAUUGCAUCCAUACCA